UUUAGGGUUUUGGGCGUCCAUGGCGACGAUGGCGAGAGGCGAUGGGCGGAGCGCGGAUCAGAUCAGGCCGCUGGCGUGCACGACAGGCUUGCUCCACCGGGCGCACGGAUCGGCGCGCUGGUCGCAAGAGAAGAGCAUUGUCCUCGCGGCAGUGUAUGGGCCAAAGGCCGUGUCUGGGAAGCAGGAAAACGCCGAGAGGGCGACGGUGGAAGUGAUCUGGAAAGCCAAAGCGGGUCUUUCUGGGAGUUCUGAAAAAGAGGCUGAGGUGAUCUUGCGAAGAACAAUCGAGUACAUUAUCAUGGCGGCACAACAUCCAAAUACGGGCAUUUCAGUGAUCGUCCAGGUUGUGAGUGACGAUGGGGCUCUACUUGCUUGUGCAGUGAAUGCAGCUUGUGCAGCGCUCGUGGACGCAGGCAUCCCUUUGAAUGGUUUGCUUGCGGCUGUAACUUGUGGUGUUACUAGCGGAGGGGAGAUUCUACUGGAUCCGACAAGGAUGGAGGAACAGAGAAUCCAGGCCCAUGUGUGCUUGGUUUUUAAGAGCCCGGUCGCAUCUGUGGUGCCUGGCAUGUCUCAACACUCUGGAGAAGAUGCCAUUGUCACAUCUAUCACACGCGGCUCCAUGUCCGUGGAUUCUUACCUUGAUUGCUUGGCGCGGGCAAAGGCCGCAUGCAAGAUGGUUUCUGAGUUUUCAAGGAGCAGCAUCGAGAAAAAGCAGAUCGCGAUGGGCAUUAAUUCCAAGGCGUCUGAUAGCUAAAUUUCUUGUUCUUGUUGUUAAGUGUUAGAUUAUACGCAAACGUCAGGAUGGCCGAGCGGUCUAAGGCGCCAGACUCAAGUUCUGGUCUCCGUGAGGGGGCGUGGGUUCAAAUCCCACUUCUGACAGUCACGAAUGACGACGCGGACAAACAACAUGUGUAGUUGCGUAUCUCGUCGGCGAUAUCAGUGAUAAGACGCAGCAAAUGGCUCCCAACAUCACGCUUUGAUACGGUCGCGGAUUUCGUAGCUGGGCCUUUGCAGCCUUUGGGAUCAUCCAUAUGCCUAUUGCUGGAUCGUUUGGUCGAAGAUAACGAAGCAUCUUAGGCAGUACUCGUAUCUCAUUGGAUCAAUACGCGCGACCUUUGACACCUCGGCUGACAGUGCUCGUCCUUUUUUUCUUGUUUUUUUUUUCCCUUUGUGCAGAGCAUGCAUUGGGCAUCAUCCACAGCUUGCAACGAAAGGACGAUCGCUCAAAACCUGGGUGUUUGCGUGGGGCGGAAGAAAACGCUUGCGUGAAUUGUGGCACUGUUGCGUAGAUAUGGAUAUUGGAAGAGAAUCGUGCGGAAACUCUCCUGAGCAAUGAAAGGUAGAUCUUGGACACAAAGCCAGUUUUCCUGUUGCGGUCGCUCGCCACAGCGCUCAUAUCAUAAGAAAAUCGUAAAGUUGAAAAUGGUGGUGGCAUGGUCGGUUGAGUGCAUUAUUAUGGGACCGCAAGAGCAAAAGAAGAAGAAGAAAGAAAAGAGAGGAACUUUCUCUGGCACUAUGCGGCAUCCAUGAAAUCAAAGGGUUAUUGGAAAGCUCGCUAUGCAUGAUUGAUGCUGAUGCUACCGAGCUUUUCCUAUGA